GAUUAUGAAAGCCUUCCAUUUAUGCGCCACUAGUGUAAUAUUCCUUUUCUUCCAUCAACUUUCAAAACCAUAAUCUUACUAGUCAAAGAAAAUCCCCAUGAAGAAAAAAAGAGUGGUACUUGUAACCAAAACUCCUUACAACACCAGUGAGGAGUCUCACCAAGACCAAGAAGUUUGCCUCAAGCAUUGUUGUUUCUUUUGCAGCAUGAGAGAAGCAGAUGCAUCUCUUAGAAGAGUUGGAAUCUCCAACUGCUUCAAAGAAAUGCCUCUAUGUGAGGAUAAAGAAGAUUAUGAUCAAUAUGUGUUGGUGCUGAGUGAACUAUGGCACAUUGCCAUGACUCAAUCCAACGACCCUGAGUUCCCUUCCCUUGGCAUAUUCAAGUGCAUGGCUAACCUAAUCAACAAAGCUAUAAACAACAAAACCUGGCUUCUCACAAAUCAAAACAUAUACAUACCCUACUAUGCUGCUCAUAUCAUUGGAUCUUACACCAUGAACAAGGAAGAGUUUGCACAAAUAGCUGUGCAAUCAGGUGUUAUACCUCCAUUGUUAGAGCUUCUGAGGGGGAAAAUCAGUUGGGUUGAACAAAGGGUUGCGGUUCGAGCAUUAGGGCACUUGGCCAGUUAUGAAAGCACAUUCGAUUCGGUAUCGGAGUAUGAACAAGAAGUGGUGAAAGUGACAUUGAAUCUAGCAUGUACUUGCUUGGAAGUGGUGUAUUCUGAGUUUGUAGGAGUGAAGAAGAAGAAGAGGGUAGAGUACCACAGGAACUUGCUUACAAGAGGUGUUGGUGAUUUGGAGAUGGAGAACCGAAAAGCUGAGGAAUGGGGUAGCCAACUUCAGUGUUGGUGUAUUCAUCUUCUCAACUGUUUUGCUUUCAAAGAAAGAUGUCUGAAUCUGAUUUGUCAGAAGGAGUUCUUGAAGCAACUUUGCCACAUGUGGGGUGGGUUGGUGAAUCACACGUCACCAGGUGGUGUUGGACUCCUUCGAAUCCUGUGUUACAGUAAAUUUGGAAGGAAAAUCAUUGCUGAGAUCCCAAAAGUAAUCAUCAAUCUCGGUAACAUUUCAAGAUCUUCGGAUGAUUGGCAGUAUAUGGCGAUUGAUUGUCUUUUACUUCUUCUCAAGGACUCAGAUACAAGGUUCAAGGUUAUUGAUCUUGCUGCUUCGUACCUUGUUGAUUUGGUUGAACUUAAAAGCCUUGGAGAUAAAUCAAACGUGGGUGAAACCAUCACAAAAGUGCUGCUACUUGAGGAACAUAAAUUCAACAACAACAGGGACUUGCAACAAGUGCUGAAUUUGAAGGUGUAUAGGAGGAAGAAAGAGAAGGCGUUGUGGGAAGAGAAAUUAGAGGAAAGAAGGGUUUUGGUUGGUUUGAUAAAGCAAGAAGCGAAUCACAUGUUGAGGUUGGGAAAAGUAGAAGAAGCUUUGGUGAAGUACAAUGAAGCACUUGAAGUUUGUCCAUUGAAGUUGAGAAAGGAGAGAAUGGUGCUUUAUAGUAACAAAGCACAGUGCAAUCUUGUGCUUAAGAAUCCAGAAAGUGCAAUCAGUGAUUCAACGAGAGCGCUUUGCCUUUCGAACCCAGCGAACACGCACAGGAAAAGCCUCUGGAGAAGGUCACAGGCUUAUGACAUGAAAGGCAUGGCGAGGGAGAGCCUUUUGGACUGCAUAAUGUUCAUGAACAGUUGCAUCAUCAAGUUAAAUAAUAAUGGCGAUGAUGAUGAUGAUUGCAACAACAAGAAGCAGCACCAGCACCAGCAGCGGAGUCUCAAGAUUCCUUACCACGCAGCGCGCAUGAUCUGCAAACACAUGGAUGCCACGUGGCUCUUUGCUGCUGCACGCUCGUCAAGGCUAAUAAGAGUGAUGGAAAAGAAAAAAAAUCAUCACUCUAAUCAUGAAAAUGAAGCCAACAACUGUGAACUGAACUUCCAUGAUCGUAACAGUGGUGGUCUCAUGCCUGGGUUGUCCACCAUUAAUGAAGAACCUUUUGCGGCAAAAGAAGUGAGUAGGAGAAAGGUGCAGAGGGCACGGAGGAGAAUUAAAAAAGCUAACAUUGCAGCAGCUCGGCCAAUAAUGUAGUUGAUAAUGGCUUGUUAAUCUUGUGCCUCUUCUCAGGUUUUGACCACCAAAGUUACAAAUAUAU